UCGGAUCUGCCCACAUCCUCCCGAAACGCCAACCUCUGUUCGGAUCCGUUCCUGCAAUUUCUGCCGCCAUGGCCUCCGAACUCAUUUUCAGAGGCCACGAGUCCCAGCCCGUCCACGAUUCCUACUCCCCCAAGCCCCUCAAGCCUUGGCUCUCCCUCACCCGCCCCAUCCGCUAUCUCCUCCUCGAGCAGCGCCUCCUCUUCGUCCUCCUCGGCAUUGCCAUCGCCUCCCUCUUCUUCAUCUUCUUCCCCUCCUCCCGCAUCCCUCCCCGCCCCGACUCUCUCCCCGUCCCUUACUUCCAGUACGACUCCGCCCCUUUGUUCCAUGAGCCCAGGAUCGACCGCUCUCUCCCCCACAGGAUGCCUGUUCAUUCCUUCGGCAAGGUCCCCUUGGGGAUUAAGAGAAAGGGACUCCGCAUCGUUGUCACCGGCGGCGCGGGUUUUGUCGGUUCCCACCUCGUGGAUCGUCUGAUUGCCAGGGGCGACAGCGUCAUCGUCGUCGAUAAUUUCUUCACCGGAAGGAAGGAGAACGUGAUGCACCACUUCGGGAACCCCAGAUUCGAGCUCAUUCGGCACGACGUCGUCGAGCCCCUCUUGCUGGAGGUGGAUCAGAUCUAUCAUCUUGCAUGCCCUGCAUCCCCCGUUCAUUACAAGUUCAACCCGGUCAAGACUAUCAAGACCAAUGUGGUGGGAACCUUGAACAUGCUGGGGCUGGCUAAAAGAGUCGGCGCAAGGUUUUUGCUCACCAGUACCAGCGAGGUUUACGGCGAUCCUCUUCAACACCCUCAGAAGGAGACUUACUGGGGCAACGUCAAUCCUAUUGGUGUCCGAAGUUGCUACGACGAGGGAAAGCGUACGGCCGAGACGUUGACAAUGGAUUACCACAGAGGAGCAGGCGUUGAGGUUAGAAUUGCUAGAAUCUUUAACACCUAUGGUCCCCGAAUGUGCCUGGACGAUGGUCGCGUUGUCAGCAACUUCGUUGCUCAGGCGUUAAGAAAGGAGCCUUUGACUGUAUAUGGGGAUGGAAAGCAGACAAGGAGUUUUCAGUAUGUUUCUGAUUUGGUCGAGGGUCUGAUGCGCCUUAUGGAGGGAGAGCAUGUGGGGCCUUUCAACCUCGGAAAUCCUGGUGAAUUCACCAUGCUCGAACUUGCCAAGGUGGUGCAAGAAACGAUAGACCCCGAUGCGAAGAUAGAGUACAGACCCAACACAGAGGAUGAUCCACACAAGAGGAAGCCUGAUAUUUCAAGGGCCAAGGAACUAUUAGGGUGGGAGCCCAAGGUGGACCUGCGCAAGGGACUGCCUUUAAUGGUUUCUGACUUCCGACAACGUAUUUUUGGUGACCACAAGGAAGGUGCAACCUCCACCUAAUUCUUGACUAGAAACACCAAUGUGCCAUACAGAAGCAGACAACAGGGGAGGAUCAAGGAUGGUUGUCGUCUGCCAGGCAGAGUUAGGGGUCUUUCCCCAUAUCCUCAACCUCAAGAUCCACCUCUACGUGGAUUUUCUUGUUCACCCUUUUCAAGAUUGGUAGUCAACCAGAGCGUUACAUUUCUUAAAUUUCUCCCCGUCUAUUUUUUUUUCUCAUUUAUUUUUUUUCUUGUUGGGAUGUUUAUGUAUAAGAGGCUAGUUAUACUAUACUUAUUAUGAUGAUGAUGGUGAUGGUGAUUAUACUUA